AUGUUAUGCCUAAACGUUGGUAGUAAAUGUGUUUAUAAGGUCAAGUAUCGUCCUGAUGGUACCAUUGAAUGUCGGAAGGCCCAUUUAGUGGCUCGAGAUUUCACUCAGCAACAUGGUAUUGAUUAUGAGGAGACUUUUACUUCUGUUGCUCAGAUGUCCAUCGUUCGUACUAUCCUUGCAGUUGUUGAUACUCAUCGUUGGCUCGUAUAUCAGAUAGAUGUCAAGAAUGUUUUUCUCCAUGGCUCUUUAUCUGAGACAGUGUAUAUGCAACCGCCUCCAGGCCUUACAUGCGCCAGCACCGAGAUUGGCAAAGCAGUGCGAAGCCAGCUGCAGCGAAGCGUUAUCAACUGGGGAUGGCUAUUCGGCGUCUUAGGAGUGCUAGCCACUUCCAGAUCAAUAGGGGACUACUACCUCAAACCCUAUGUCACCUCAGAACCAGAGGUUGCAGUGACCAACCGAACAGAGGACGACGAGUUCCUCAUUCUAGCAAGCGACGGUCUGUGGGAUGUCAUUUCAAACGAAGUGGCUUGCAAAAUCACAAGGCGGUGCCUCAGCGGACGAGCAGCCAAGAUCUUCCCACAAGCAAUCGGUGGGAGCUCAGCAGCAGAAGCAGCUGCAUUUCUAGCAGAGCUUGCCAUGUCUCGAGGGAGCAGAGACAAUAUUAGUGUAGUUGUAGUUGAGCUCAAAAGAGUAAGCAGAGAGAUGGGGCAGUAAGCCCUCAGGCCAUUUUCGCUUGUUCAAAGCUUGCUUUGUGGCCAUUGGUUGAAUGGUGUUAAGUGUACAUAGUUAUCUUGCUUUUCAUUUGAAGUAUGUAAUAUAAUUCACCCUUUUCGAACAUUGGAGUAAGAGCAAAUUAAAAUUUGCUAUCCUUCUUCUC